UGGCUUCGGUGACCUUAGUCGCGCACUGCGUGCCGUGAUGCGGCGCUACGCUGGCUGGGGCCCAUGCGCCCUGCGCUGCCAUGGUGGCUCGGAGUGGCUCCAGCGCCCGUGCCAGCAGCCUGGGCAACGUGGGCCGUGAAUAUGUUCCAAAGCAGCCGAGACUGAGCCUCUUCAUCCCGUGCGAGCGGGGCUUGCUGAACCCUCCCCGGACCCCGGAGGCCAUGGACAACAUUCUGCAGGUCAUGGAGGUGGCAUGGCGGCAGGUCAAUGCUGCGCGGGGUAGCACGGUGAAGUUGGCCAAUCCUGAGCACAAUCUUCUGGUGAGCUUUGAGUCUGCUCGGGACUUCAUGCUGGGUAUGCUCUCCGAGCCAGAUCCAGGUCGGAAACAUCUCGAUGAAGUGUUUGGAGGCGACUUCAGCCGGAUUGCCCGUGUCAGAGCAAUUCUGGAUGCUGCAAAGCUCUCUACCCGAAAUAUGGGCGAUGACCGUGUAAGCUCUUGCAUGAACGCCGUCAAAUCGGUCGAGGGCGUCCUCAAGAAGGUGAAGUUGACUCAGCAGGCGAAGUUGUCUGGCCUGGAUCCGGCUGAGCAACCUCAGGGGCCGCCCUGGAGCUUUGAGCUCUCCAGCUCCAGUGGGAACUCGAGCAUCUUUGUGGUGAAGCAGAUGUCACCAUCCUUUCAACACCAGGAAGGUGUGCUCAUUGGAGCUUCAAACUUCAGCUCCGCUUUGGAGGAAGGGAAAUUGAUCAAUGCCACGGAGUCUCCAUCCAAGCUGGUGUCUGCGACCGCGAAGGCGGUGCUAGAGCGGUUCGGCGCCUGGAACGCAACGGAGCUCACAAGGCUCUUCGCCCUGCUCCUCGAAAUGCAUAUGGUCACCGGCGGUCCGGUUUGUUGUGCGACCGCUGGCCUUGCUGACAGCCUCACUUCCUUGCCCUCCCCUGGCUUGAGCAAUCUUGAUGGGUCUUGCCAGGACUUGAGCGACCUGCUCGGAUUGUGCCCCUCUUUCCC